UAGUUUCCCUUUAUUUUACAUUUUGUUUUCAUGCUAUUCAUCAUGUACACAUUUUUAAUAUGUAAUCAUAUUAUUUUUACAUUUCAUGUUUUCGUGUAGUCUAUCACGUACACUUUAUUUAUGGUGAUUCUUAGAGAUAAUGCAAGUUGAUAAGUUGAUAAGAUAAGAGCAGGUCGCCUAGAUUUAGUAUCGCGUCCACGCUGGAGUGUAAUGGGUGUUACACGCCAGCAUGCUGCCAACAAUCCGGGAAUCAGAGCAUGAAUCCAUUGCAAGCAGGAAAUAUAUUUUGGAACUUGAAAAAAGUGUUGCAAAACAUAGACUUCCAACAGCAGAAUUAAAACCGAUAAAGUCAGAAACAGACAGAGUUCUGAAGAUGUGUAAAACGUGUCUCAGGAAGAUUGAGUGUGAGGAUGGCGUGGACUGGAGUCUGAGGGGAUCCUUUACUUCGGAGAUCCAAAUAUCCAGCCGUCUCUGGGCUUCCCACAACACCUCUCGCGACGCAAUCACAGACACGGAAGAGGCCAAGGAAAGAAAUCUGUGUAAUUCCGCAAACGAAUCGUGCGAAAUAAACUGCAAUAACUUUAAAAAGGCAAAAAGUUCUUUCGCUCUUGCUGACAUAUUAGGCGGGGCUCCUCCCUUACACACCCAUGUUCCUUCUCACGCCCACUGCCAGGUAGGCGCUGACGAGGGUGACGCCUUUGAAUCCAGUAGCCACGCUGAUCGCAGCAGCACAGCGAUCGUGAGUGCCGUCACUUCAAUCACCAACAAGAUUUUAAGGGGAAGUGACUCUCACUCCACCGUGAAUAACAAUGAGAUAGCUAAUUAUGAUAUUGUGGCAGAACAACAUGACACCAGCAGUAAUUAUGGAAGGAAGAUAGUGCAGGCCUGUCUUACGACAGGAGCUACGGGAGUUGGUGUUGUAGGAAGCAAAGAGCAGCUGGAGAACAAGAACGGAAAGCUGGAUAAUUCGAAAGAAACCCCAAAACCCUUUUUUUACCUCCCUUCUGAAGAUGACGACAGUAGCCACGAUGAACAGUUAUUGAAGGAUCCCGACCUUUAUCCAGUUCCUAAGACCGAUCCCGAAACCCCCCUGACUGUGUCUCCCUUGUCGCCCUUUUCCAAGAACGACAACCAUCCCUCUGCCCCGCCUCGAAGUCCACUGAAGCAGCAACCUGACAAAUCAGUUGACGAGAUUCAGGACAGAAUUCGGCACUGCUUGCAGCGAGCUAGAAGCAGGAGUUCGUCUCUUUGUGGUUUAGGGAGCUUCGAGGCAGGACUGUAUCGCUUAGAAGGCUUACUAGAUGGUAAAAAAACACACCUUGGGAACAUAAGCGACGGCAGUCACUCGAGCACUGAACACAAUUUGCGUUCGCCGGGGCAUGACAUAGCCUCCAUGCCCAAGUACAGAGACACAGGCACCAUCACAGAUGUGUGUACAGGAGACAAUGUGGCAGAAGUAGAAAUCAUAAGUUUAGUGCAGGAGCAGAUACCCAAGUACAAACUGCGAGCUGAUACUAUCACCGAAUUUUCUGGUGAGUAUUGAAAUUGGUGAGCUGGUAAUUUAUUUGCACCACAGCUUCUUACAUUAAGCUCGAUACACAGACACGCGUAAGCGAACAAGAGGACUUGAGUUUCAUGUUGGGACCCCCCCCCCCCCACGUUGGUGGGAAACACUCGGUCUGGUUCGUCAUUAAAUAUGGUAGCGUGGGCGGAAGUGGAAGAUGUACGUGUCGUGCUGGGUAGAGAUAGGCCCGAGCGGCGGCUAGGCAGGGGGUCUAGAGGAAUGGCCCCCGGAAGGCAGCGUCCGUGCGGGACGGUGACUUGCGGUAGAGCGUUUGUAGAGGUCAGAAGAAGGUCAUGAGGGGGCAUGACCCAGGUCAGCACGCCGCCCUAAUUGGUCACCCAUAGCAGGGCAUCGGGUGUCUCAAGGUUGUCGGGACUGGCUAGCCACGCCUUUCUGCAGGCGGUCUGUCUCGCUUUGGCCUUGGUGGAGUCACUGAAUGCAGAUUGUGUGUCGCUGAUGUGGUGGUGCUGAUCCUUCUCGGUUCUGGACUUACAGGGCGUCCUUCUGGUCGUCUCCUGCUUCAUGCGUU